AUGAAUUUAAGCCACAAUUGCUUUGACGAAAACUUGUCGUGGUCUUUGGGAAAUCUUUCAUAUUUGACGAAUUUAGAUCUUCAUCAGAAUCAGUUGACCGGUGAGAUUCCUUCAGACCUUGGGAAUCUAAUGCAACUCGAGUAUUUUGAUGUUUCGGAUAAUCAUUCAUCUGGAAAGAUUCCAGAGAAGUUAUGCAGCCUAGUUAAUUUGAAUUACCUAGAUUUGUCGCAAAACAGAUUGGAAGGGCCUACUCCAAGAACCGGUAUUUGCCAAAACCUUUCAAGGGUUCAAUUUAUGGGAAACAUAAACCUUUGUGGCCAGAUGUUGGAUGGAUUAACAAGAAGCAUGCCGACUCAGCUUGGAGAUUUGAAAAAGCUUAAUGCUCUUGCUCUAAACUUUGGUGCAUCCAGGAAAGUCGUGGAAUUGGCUACCAUAAAUGGAGCAAAGUCUAUGAAGGGCACCCCACACUGGAUGUCACUUGAAGUUAUUUUACAGACAGGAUAUACCACCUCUGCUGAUAUAUGGAGUGUUGCAUGCACUGUGAUAGAGAUGGCCACGGGAAAGCCUCCAUGGAGUCAAUAG